AUGGACCGCGGCGCCACCAGCUCCGACGAUCCUCUGGCCGCGGUCGACGCCCUCCAUCGUCAUCACAACCUCAACCACAACCAGCACGGCAAAGCCCACGACCCACCAGACCCUUCCCAUCUCACGUCUCAUAUUGCAGCAGCCGCCGAGGCGGCAUCCUACAAGGACCUCAAACAGGCGUGGAUCGCCGACCAGACCGGCAGCUCCGUCCACCUUGUCAACGCGCUUGCGCUCACUGUGCUGGCGACCUACGCUGCAUGGGCGCUGCUCCGCGCCAAGCGCAUCCGCUUCGUCGGCGCACUCCAUCGCCGUCGGCCGAAUGAGCUCAGCAAUGUCGUCCUCGCGCACGUGUUCGCGGCCGCCGCAAGGCUGUCCGACUGGCAGCUCGAGUUCGUCAUCCUCAUCGUGCCGGUCGUGGCCGCGCAUACCGUGCUCGCAUCGCAGCUGUCGCUCACCAUCGGCGCGUUGCUCGUGCUGCUCGUAGUGCUCGAGCGUACCGGACCACCAUCAGCGAGGGCGGACAGGCCGGCUCAGAACAGCGCCAGAAAACAGCACUGGUCGAAAAAGUACAUGGACGACGACGAGGAUGGCAGACAGGACGACGACGCGUCCGCUUACAGGGAGCCGGCCGGCCCAGCAGGGGCAGCCGCACCAAGACGCCCUUCCGACGCGCUCGUCGCCGAGGCCGAGCUGCCGUUCCGUGUGUCGAUCGACUCGGCCGCCGAUGCAGCGCACGCAGCAGCCGCGCCGCCCAACUUCUACGAUGGGCCGGGGUCGUCGAGCGCGGCUCUGCGCUCCAACGCCGAUCUGUCCAUCGAUACCUCGAUCAGCACCGCACCGCGCAGCCCGCUUCUCGGCUCGGCAGGCUCGACUUUCGCAUCGCGCAGCCCAGAUUCGGCGCUGCUGUCGCCCGAGAUGGCGUCCAUAUCGGCCUUUCCUUCUCCCACACCUCGCGCCGCAGACAACGCCAACAGGACCGCAUCCAUGCAGCUGCUCCACUCGCGCGAUGGCUCCGAUGCGCAAUCGGCCGUGUCGGCAUCUUCGGCCAUGUCGCCGCUUGCGCGCAGCGUCGUCGAUCCGUGGAGCAAGUCCAAGCCGCCCUCGCUCGACCACUCUGCAUCCGCCACGCAUUCCGACUCCACAUCGUCGCCUGGCCCAACGGGGAGCACCGCAUCAGCGCCUUCGGACCGCAGCGCGUUCGUACAGCCGCAGCCGUUCCUCACCGUGUACCGCGCGCACAUGAUGCUCGUCACCGUCAUCUCGAUCCUCGCCGUCGACUUCCCCGCCUUCCCGCGCGCGAUGGCCAAGUGCGAAUCGUGGGGCACGAGCUGGAUGGACAUGGGCGUUGGCUCGUUUGUCUUUUCCCUCGGCAUCGUCUCGGCGCUGCCCAUGCUCAAGAGCGCGCGCAACCGCUUCCGGCCCUGGCGCCAGCAGCUGGCGGCCGACGUGCGCAAGAGCGUGCCGCUCGUGCUGCUCGGCUCGGUGCGCGUGAUCAUGGUCAAGGGCGUAGCGUAUCCGGAGCACGUGUCCGAGUACGGCGUGCACUGGAACUUCUUCUUCACCCUCGCGCUGCUCCCCUUUGCCGCCACGCUCUCACGGCCCGUCGCGAGGCAUGCGCGGUACAGCGUGAUCGGGCUCGUGCUGACGGUGGUGCACCAGGUGCUGCUCAAGACGACCGACUGGCAGCAAUGGGCGGUCUCGGAUACAGUGCCGCGCGACACGCUUGUGGCGCAAAACAAGGAGGGCCUCACAAGCAUGCCUGGCUACCUGGCCAUCUUCUACCUCGGCCUCGACUUGGGCCAUUACGUGCUGCCGCUCGAUCCGUACUUUGCGUACCGCAAGCUGAGGCGGCGGCGCGCGCGCCCACGCACCGAUAAGCUCGCCAUGGUUCUCGCCAGCCUCUCGAUCGUGUGGUGGAUGGCGUAUGCGGCAGCGUGCGCCGUGCGGCUGGGCACGAGUCGACGCCUGGCCAAUCUGCCGUAUGUGCUGUGGGUGGUGGCGUUCAACACUUCGUUCCUGCUCGGAUACGUGCUUGUCUAUCUGUUCAUCCUCCAGCCCGUCGAGGGAACGCCGGGCGGAGGAGGAGAUCCGGUGACGCCGCGCAUUCUGGACGAUAUCAACCGCCACUCGCUCGUGGUGUUCCUGGUGGCGAAUUUGCUCACGGGCGUGGUGAAUAUGGCGACGCAGACCAUGUAUGCGCGCGACGCCGUCGCCGUGCUCAUCCUGCUCGUCUACACGGGCGCGUGCUGUGCUUUUGCACGCUUGCUCACCGCAAGGCGCUUCAGACUCAAGCUGUAG